GGGAGGAGGAAACUGCCGUCGCGGAGCCCCGCCGGGAGCAUGGCUCCGCUGCCGCGGGUGCUGUUGGUGCUGUUGGUGCUCGGGCGGCCUCUACUUGGGGCACCGGGGCAGGGCGCGGGCACCUGGGCCCGCUUCGCCCGCCUGCUCUACCCGCAGGACCAGCUCUUCCUCCACGACACGUUCCCCGACGGCUUCCUCUGGGGCGCGGGCAGCGCUGCCUAUCAGACCGAGGGUGGCUGGCGACAGGGCGGCAAAGGGGCUUCCAUCUGGGACACCUUCACCCACCGACCCACUACUCCAGCAGGGUCCAUCCUGCCAGGUCCAACGGGAGGAGAUGUGGCCAGCGACAGCUACAACAACAUCUUCCGUGACAUCGAGGGGCUGAGGCAUCUGGGGGUCUCCCACUAUCGCUUCUCGCUGGCCUGGACUCGACUGAUGCCCAACGGCACAGCACCCAUCAAUCCCAUUGGGCUGGCCCACUAUGGCCGAGUCCUGAGCCGCCUGCGGGAGCUGGGCAUAGAGCCCGUCGUCACUCUCUACCACUGGGACCUGCCACAGGGCUUGCAGGAUGCCUACGGUGGCUGGGUCAGCCCUGUCCUGCCCAACCUCUUCCGUGACUACGCCGAGCUCUGCUUCCGGCAUUUUGGCACACAGGUCCGCUACUGGUUGACCAUGGACAACCCUUAUGUGGUGGCCUGGCACGGAUAUGGCACUGGGCGGCUGCCACCCGGCGUGCAGGGCGGCCCGCGCCUGGGCUACCGCGCGGCGCACCACUUGCUGCAGGUGGCAUUUUUGGUGUGCUUGAACAUGUCAACAGGAUUGAAGGCCAGUCUCACUUCUGGAGCUUUUAUAUGUGCACACGCUAAAGUCUGGCAUCUGUACAAUGAUCAUUUUCGUCCAACUCAAAAAGGAAAAGUGUCCAUUGCCCUUAGCUCUCACUGGAUAAAACCUCAACAUAUGACUGAAAAAAAUAUAAAAGAAUGUCAAAAAUCCCUUGAUUUUGUGCUUGGCUGGUUUGCAAAGCCCAUAUUUAUUAAUGGCGACUAUCCAGAGAGCAUGAGGAGUAACCUCUCAUCUCUGCUGCCUGAAUUCAGUGAAGAAGACAAGAAGUACAUCAAGGGAACAGCUGACUUUUUUGCUCUUUCUUUUGGAGCUACCUUGAGUUUCCAGCUCUUGGACUCUCACAUGAAAUUCCAGCAGUUGGAAUCAAUAAGCCUGAGGCAGCUCCUUUACUGGAUAGCCACUGAAUACAACAACCCCCCACUAUUCAUUGUGGAAAACAGCUGGUUUGUUUCUGGUAGCACCAAGAGAGAUGAUGCCAAAUACAUUUACUAUCUCAAGAAGUUCAUUAUGGAAACCUUGAAAGCCAUCCGGUACGAUGGAGUUAAUGUGUUUGGAUACACAGUCUGGUCCCUCCUGGAUGGCUUUGAAUGGCACAGGGGAUACAGCAUUCGGCGCGGAUUGUUUUAUGUUGACUUCCAAAGCCACGACAAAAAGCUGAUACCAAAAUCUUCUGUCUUGUUCUAUCAAAAGCUGAUAGAAAAAAAUGGCUUCCCUCCUUUGCCUGAAAACCAGCCCAUAGCAGGGGUCUUUCCCUGUGGCUUUGCCUGGGGGAUUGUUGACAACUACAUUCAGGUGGACACAACUCCUGCCCAGUUUCUUGAUCCUAAUGUUUAUGUGUGGGAUGUUCACCAGACGAAGAAAUUAAUUAAAGUGGAUGGAGUUUUCACUUCCAAACGCAAGCAUCACUGUGUUGAUUUCGCUGCCAUCAGAUUCCAGAUCUCUCUUCUGCAGGAAAUGCAUGUCACUCACUUCCAUUUUUCACUGAAGUGGUCUUCAGUCCUUCCUUUAGGCAAUCUUUCUCUAAUCAACCACACACUUGUACAGUAUUAUCAGUGUUUUUCUAGUGAACUUCUCAGAGUUAAUAUAACUCCUGUUGUUGCUUUAUGGCAACCUAUGGCUGAGAAUCAAGAGCUUCCAACUUCUCUUGCCAAAUAUGGAGCUUGGGAAAACUCAGAAACUGUUCAGGCUUUUGUUGAGUAUGCAAAAUUCUGUUUUGCAAGUCUUGGGGACCAUGUAAAAUUUUGGAUCACAAUGAAUGAACCAUCUGUGAAAAACCUGACAUACACUGCAGGACACAAUCUGUUGAAAGCCCAUGCGAAAGUAUGGCGUCUUUAUGACAAAGAAUUCAGAAGAUCUCAGAAGGGUAAAAUAUCUAUAGCUCUGCAAGCUGACUGGGUAGAACCAGCUUGUCCCUUUUCCAGGAAUGACCAAGAAGUUGCUGACAGAAUUUUAGAGUUUGACAUUGGCUGGCUUGCAGAGCCCAUCUUUGGCAAUGGUGACUACCCACACGUGAUGAGGGCCUGGCUUCACCAGAGAAACAGCGUUGACCUGUAUAAUUUCCACUUGCCUUCUUUCUCAGAAGAUGAAAAGAAAUUAAUUCAGGGCUCAUUUGAUUUCUUUGCCUUAAGCCACUACACAACUACCCUUGUGGGCUGGGAGAAAGAAGAUGCACUGAAAUAUGACCACUACCUUGAAGUUCAGAUGAUCAAUGACAUCACAUGGCUGCACUCCCCCAGCAGAGCUGCAGUAGUGCCCUGGGGACUGCGUAAAGUGCUCAGAUGGGUUAAAUCAAAGUAUGGCAAUGUCCCAGUUUAUGUUAUGGCUAAUGGAAUUGAUGAUGACCAGAAUAUGGUGCAUGAUAGGCUCAGAGUGUAUUACAUUCAGAAUUACAUCAACGAAGCUUUAAAAGCUUACACGUUGGAUAAUGUUAAUCUCCAAGGAUAUUUCAUCUAUUCUUUUAAUGACAAGACCGCUCCUAAAUAUGGUCUGUACAGUUAUGUUGCAAAUCAAUAUGAAGCAAAGCCUUCUAUGAAGCACUACAGAGAAAUAAUUGACAAUAAUGGUUUUCCUGGUCCCAACACUGCUGAGGUGCUGUGCCCGGAGGAGACUGCUGUGUGUCCUGAAUGCCACUUUUUCCGAACCAGGAAAUCAUUAUUUGCCUUCAUCUCUUUCAUAUUUGUUGCUUUUAUUGUUACUGUAUUCUGCAUUAUGUACUACUCCAGAAGAGCAGAAAGGCGGUAUAAAUAGAGCUGCCCCUGCAUCCAUCACCCAAGGCCCUUUUUCUCACAUCCCCUUGGGAGAUCUGAAAUGGGACUUCACAGUGGGGUGGUCACUUCAGCACUAGGAAGGCAUGCACACUGCUUACUGCUGCAGGACACUGACAGCGAGCAAAUAUUGCUAGCAUAUGGCUUCCAGAAGCCACUCUCUGUGGUUUAAUACAUAUGGUUUGGGACCAGUCUUUAAUUCCUGUGGUAGGAGCUAUCCCACAACCUUCCUUGGGACCUUUGGCUGAGCAGAUGCUUUGCCCUCUGUGAUUUUUCCCUUACUGAGUUUGAUAGGUGUGUUUUGAGCACCACCACUGAGUGGUGGAAGAGCCUGAAUGCCAAAAUUAUCCAAGAAAAGAUGGAGAAACAAGAUGAUUUAUACUUCCAAAGUAGGCUCUGAUGCUGAUGUUAGGUGAUCAAAGCAAACACCAGGAGCAGGGCACGUGGGUGAGCGGAGACUGAGAACUGCACAAACAGCAACUCUGGUUGCUGGGAUUCGUGGUUCACACAAACUCACUGCUGCUGUGCUUCUGAGCACAAAUCAACACUGACGACUGCACAGGAUUUGAGGAUCUGUUCAGGAAUCUUCUCUCAAGGACCUGUGUCUUUCUCAGAGGGAAAGGCAGCAGGGAUUUGUCCUGGGGUGGCAGGCAUUGUGCAAUCUGACAGGAAGAGUUGAGAAGAGUGAAAGGACCUUUCUCUGCACAUAAGUUGUGUUAAGCAUGGAGAAUUUAGAUCCCAACCUUUUGCUGUAAUAAUCCAGCACUUUAUUGCCGCUUUUGCCACGGUCUGAGAUCUUGGAGACGCUGCUGCUGAAAUGAGUCAUCCAUUUUCCAUGAGGCUCUUCUGGUUCUGUGGGACGCUUUCUUUUGAGCAAUGGGAUCUGGCCCUGAUAGCAUUUCCUUCCCAAAUUAUGACUGGGCUGAAAUUAGCAAAAUAUUAGCGGCAUCAUUUAUUAGUAGAAAUAGAGAUGGAGGAAAACUCGGUCUUAUUUUGCCUGCUUUGUGAAUUACUGCAUUAGGAAUGUUUGUGGUAGAAAGCAGUAUGGCCAUUUUUCUCCACUUCUAACUCUGGGCCUGCACAGCCUUCAGCUGUAAUUGUGUUUUUAUUGCUGUGUGAAUAAUGUCAGUCACUGGAAAGAAUAUUUUAAAGGAAAUGUGCUCUGUGUUAAUUAAGAAUUAUUUAUCUACUAAGCUGAUUACGCUGUAUUAAAUGUGAUGUUUAUCUCCUCGACAGCUAACAGAUGACUAAAUGACCUCCUUUGGUUCCUUACAAUCCGAAUAUUUUAUGAAUCUGUGAUUCUGUGCUGUAAAUUAAAACUUAUGUAUGAAAUACUAUUUUCAUUUGUGACUGAAAAGUAUUUGUUUUUCUUAAGUAAUCUGCAGAAAUAGAAAAGAGUAUUUUAUCACAAUUAUUAAUAUAUCUUCCAGUAUUAAAAUGGUCUCUCUUUACACUAAUCUAGAUUUUGAUAUCAAGGUGAAAAUAUAUUUGAUAUUAAGGUGAAAAAUUCCAAGUAAGUCAAGAACUAUUAAAAAUGUACAUAAAAAUUAUUUAUAGCAUGAUAGCACUUGCUGAAGAAGAGCAAAUUUUAAGCUGCUGUAUUUAUGUGUUGCUGCCUGGUGCAGUGAGGAAAUUACAAAGAAAUGCCUUAGCCUAAAUGUAUGAAAUGCAAAAUGGCUUUCUCCAUGUCAUGGCAAUGAAUCACAGCAAAUGCAUUUACUCCAUUGUGUCAGAUACUGUCUCAAUCCAUGCUAAAAAGUGACUUUUAUUUAAAAUGUAGCCAGGUCACAUGUGACACUGUAUUUGUGUAUGUUUUAAUGAUUUCGUUGUUGGUAAAAUAAAAUGAAACCAGGCCUGAUCUUUUUGGUCAGCUGAGCUUCCAUGUCCUCCCUACACUCCAGAGGUUCAGCAGACCUGGAAAGGCAAACCCAGGACAGUGUGGAGCUGGUGGGCACUGAGUGCCUGGACUGUGCUGGCACUAAACUGACAGCUUUCCAUCCUGCACAUCGUGUUGGUGUGCUAAUGGACAGGCUGGUCACAGUGUGAGGGGUGAAGCCAGCAGUCCUAGCAAGGAGACACCGCAGACUGGCUGAUAUGUAACCACCGACAGGCAGAUGGCACCAGCUGGAUAGUUAAUUUGUAGAUAAAGUGGGUUUUGCUACUGCAAAGCCGUGUGAUCACAUCCUGUAAUGGUGCCAUGGCACACAGAAAUAACACAGUCUUUGGUGCUUUGCCCUUCAGGAGAGGGUUUAGAUGUCACUGCUAAGUGGGCCCUGGCGACUGCUGAAGCUCUGACCUUGGCAGCCUGCCUGCGGCAUGGCACGUGGCUCUGAGCGCCCUGGUGGAGCUGUAGGUGUCCCUGUUCAUUGCAGGGGAGUUGGACCAGGUGACCUUAAAGAAUCCCUUCCAACUCAAAUGAUUCUAUGAUGUUAUGACUUUUGGUUAUCAGGGGCCAGUGCAUGCUUCUUGUCAAUCUUAAAAACACUCACUGCACAAAAGCCCUGGAGGCAAAGAUCAGCCCCUGGCCAAGGAAGGAGAGCAGCAGUGUGCUCAUGCAGAUAGCUCCAGCCAGCACCUCCUGUGAUCCAGCUGCAGCCAUGGGAUUUUCUGGACUGAAAUGUUGUUGCUCAAUGCUCCAAAUUAAACAUGUUAUAAAAUAAUAUAUAUACACUUUUAUUCAAAAUAUUUUUUUGUGACUUGAGUGCAAUGCUUCUGUUUUCUUUCUCAAGACUGUGCAGUGUGAGCGCCAGAGGGAUCUUCACUAAUUGCAAGAAUGAAUUUUAUAUUGUUUUUAUAACAAUCUUAGAAAUGAAAUAAAGAUAA